UAUAGCACAUGGGUCGUAACCACGUUAAUAAUGUUGGUUUCUUUAUAUAUUAGUUCAGUUUAGUAGAGCGGAGAGAGAUCAUCAAUAGGGAAUUGAGCAGGGCCUCCAAUCUUAUCCAUCAGCCGCGAAUCUCAGUGUAUGGUCUUAAUUUGAAGCUGCGAUCUCGUAAACAACAUAAAUAUCUUAGCUUUAGGCGAGAUGGUAGCGGUAAAGGGCACAGCGGAAGUGUAACCCAGCACGACCAAUAUAAACGUUUACUUUUUUCCAAAAGCUAGUUAUGAAACUUCUGGAGAAGGGGACUAAAAGAGAAACACGAUAAGGAACAGAGUGAAAGAAAACGAUGGCCCAAAACACCACGUGGAAAGGAAGUAUACUGCAGCAUUCCUUCAAACAGGAAAUGUUGCCGUGUGAACAGGCAAUGAUUUUGUCAAUCUUCAAACCUUUGAAGCAUGGAAAUUAUUUAAACACAGUUUCCCGAAAUCUUCUUCUAAUAAAGACAGUUUUAGGUUGAUUUUUGGCAAAUUAAUAAUCACACCUCAACAAAUGUGUUCUUGGACGAAUAAUUCAGUUGUUUGUUCUUGAUUCUCUCUCAUGUUGACCCAGACUCGCAGCGCAAAUUGAAGUUGUAAUUUUGCCACGUAUGGGUCGGUCUGUUGAGUAUCUAAAUAAAUGUGCCGAAUUACCAUACAUGUGUAAAAAUAGAACUACUCGCCCGACGGAAAUAUAUAGUAAGGUUCAUGAAACAGCAGUGUAUGGAGUGGGCUAGAUUUUAUGUAUACCCCAUGAGCAAAGCGCUGCCAAAAAAAUGUCUUGAUAACACGGGAAAAUUACACAGAAUUGUAAUAUUUGGUCAGCUCAGUGCAUUUCGUUUUUGCACUUAUGUGGUCAUUCAGUUCAACUGAACACGCAAGACUGAUUCCACCUACGUCAUGCCAGGCAUAAGCAGAAAAUAAACAUCUUGAACGUCAAUAAACCGUAACUGGGGUUUUUCCCUUUUUAAUAGUAGCUGACUCAUGUGGAGACCUAACCGAACUGAUAUUAAUAAAGUGUCAUCAUUAUGACGUAACUACAACAAAGAGAUUGUACAAAAGACUCAGCGGAGAUGUAAGCUUCAAUAAUGAGUGUUUUCUCAAUGUGCAGCGGACGACACGCACUAUAAUCUCGAAACAAAAAACACCGGAACACCAACACUCAAGCCAGGGUUUUCCCCAGAUUUUUCGUUUUAGAAGUUGACUCAUGCAGUUACCUUUUGAGCCAAUAAUAGAAGAAAAUUGUCUUCAUAACAAUAUAAUGAAGUAUAAAUAUUUACACUGUAAUUUUAAGUUAGUUUCGUGGGAGGCAGUCGUUAAAGUUGCUUGGUUGCUGAACGAUGGAAGCGAAAAUGGCUGCUAGCUAUCACCAGCCCGGAAACGCAAUUUCCGCCGUACUUUUUCUUUCUUUUUGCAUCAUAUUCAUCAGCGAAGCUGACGCAAACCUCCUGGAUCCCACUCUUAUGGGAAGAGAGCUGCAAACGUUUGCCCGUGAUGCCCUUGGAGUGGAUGAAAUGCAGAAUUAUUUUGAUGGAUUUCAGUACCAUAAGUCAACAAUCAAAGGAGAAGAGAUCACUCCACAUCUAGCAGUGAAACUCUCUGACAAGUUCAAGGCAAGAUUUGAGAUUACAAAACGCCUUAAGAAAGCUGUCGAGGACUCGUACGCCAGGUCCGAGAAAGCCGCGCCGCAAACAGAAUGCUGUCACAUCAACAAAUCGACGCUGAAGUACAGCGAACGAUUUCGCUGCGCGGUGGAUCUCGACAACGUCUGCAUGAAGAUUUCUGGCAGCGCUUCUCCAAACCCAGUCUAUUUAGAUGACGGUGUUUUUCAGGAAAUGAAAGACAUCUUGGAAACUUAUCCCUUCAUGAAGUGGCAGUAUUUUGGAUCAGAGGAGGGUGUCACGACAGUCUAUCCAGUGUUUGACGACAAAGAGGAAUGUGACAAGUUCGAUCCUCGUUACAGGCCGUACUACGUGGAAACCGCCACCCCUGAAGCCAAGGAUGUAGUGCUUGUUAUUGAUAUAAGUGCAUCCAUGAGUGGAGAAAAACUGUACAUCGCUAAAGAAGCGGCAAAAACAGUGUUGGAUACCAUGAACCCAAGAGACCAGGUUGGGGUCGUGUCAUUCAACAAUCGUGCGUCAACUCCAGGAGACGUUGGAAGCAAAAGCCGCUGCUACAGUGAACGGUUAGCCCUGGCAAUCCCUGCAAAUAUCAGAUGCAUGAAAAAUUAUGUCGAUGGGCUGAUACCUUAUGGCCAAACUCAGUACAGAAUAGGAUUUGAAAAAGCUUUCAGUCUCCUGAAACGCUCAAUCUCUGAAGAAUCGGGAGAAAAGAAGAAAAGAGUCAUUUUGUUUCUGACUGAUGGGGCACCUUCCGAUGAGAAGACGGAAUUAAUAUUUGAGACCAUAAGAGAUAGAAACUUUGAACUUAACAACUCUGUUAUAAUUCUAACGUAUGGAUUUGGCAAGGCAGACCAGGCAAUCCUGGAGGACAUCGCCAAGCAAAACACAGCAAAAUAUGGUGUACCAGCAAAUACCUCCGUUGGAGACAUCCCGCCUGGAAGAUACACCUUUCUCGAAGACAUCAAAACCCUAAGAGGUGUAAUGGCAACGUACUACAACUUAUUUGCUCUGGGAAAGCAGCUCAGUCCGGUUGUGUCUGUCCCGUAUAUUGACGCUUUGGGCACAGGCCUUAUGGUCACGAUCACUUUACCUUGUUUCCAUAAAGGAAACUUUAUUGGUGUAGUUGGUACCGAUAUUCACGUUGAGGACCUAUUAUCAGACAUCACAUUCUUUAAUCAAGGCCAGACUACAUAUGCGUUUGUCGUGAGCAACUCUGGGAGGACCUUAAUACAUCCACUCUUACCAAUUCCAACUGAUGCGUACGGGGAGCCGUUUUUUAUAGACAUAAGGACCUUGGAAACGGAGACAGAAUUCACCGAUGUCUUUGACUCGAUUAAAAAUGGAAAAUCCGGUUCGAAGACAUUUGUUGCCAAGCGAUUUCUGCCUCGAGGGGAAAAAGAAAAAGAUGGAGUAACGGUCAUCGAAAUGAACUGCACGUAUUUCUGGGCGCCAUUGGCUGAAAUUGAUUUCUCCGUUGGUGUAGUCGUACCUGUCUCACACGCUAAGGAUCAACUAAAUUCCCUCACUAUUCCUCCUGACUAUACGUUUAAAUACCACCGAAUCGACUUAAUUCAUCCCGAGAAACCAUGCUCCCACUUUGGAACAUAUGCUGCUAAAGACACUACAGUGGUAAAGUUUGCUCCAGGAGCCUACAUGGACCCGUUUGAGUUCAUAAGUAAGAAAGAGACGAAGGCCGACGUGGAUCUUCUAACUGCUUACAUGAAGGACAAAACGGGAACAGUAACAAAUCCAGGUUUGAAGAGUGACAUCCGGGACACGGUGAUUGCGACAUGGAAAGUGGAAGAUCUGUGGUUGCGUGACAAAACGGAGCUCACACAAUAUUUGGUCUGGAGAUACAUUGGUACAUCAAAUGGAGUUCUUAGAUGGACUCCAGGUUGUUUGGAAGACAAAGGUUACGAUCCAAGGCAGAGACCCUGGUAUCGCACAGCAUUGGCCCACACGGGUUUACUUGCUCUUACGUCUCCAUACGUGGACUCUGGGGGUGCUGGAGUGGUGAUAACCGCUGGGCGGGCGUUGUAUCGCGGAGAACCAAGUCAUAUGCACCACACAAACGAUGAGGUUCUGGGAGUAAUGGCGGCUGACUUUCCGCUGACGUAUUUCCACAGAUUACUCACCAAGGUUUACCCAAAGUGUAAAUGGACAAAAACAUAUUCUUGUUUCGUGAUGGACAGUGCUGGUUUCCUCAUUAUGCACGAAGACUUUUUGCUCUCAUCAACUGCAGCAUCAGAUGCAGAAUACGUGCAUAUUACUGAGAAAGACAAAUAUAUCGCAGAAGAUCUAAUCAAGAAGACAUACUUGAUAAAAAGAGAAUGCCGCGAUCUAGAAGAGAUUCGGAAGAAAAGCUUUUACGAGGUGCACUUACCACCAGGUGGAGUGGACACUCUUAGAAGUGGUGCAAGAUGCACCAAAUACCAGAUGGCGCAAAUUAUUGGAACCAACGCAUAUAUAGGAGUCGUGGUCAGAGAGCUUUUCUGCACUCCAGAGCCAUGCCCCUGUUCUUUGGAUACAAAAUGUUCCUUCCUCAACUUAACGUGUGAAUGUCCCUGCACCUCCUCCAUGGAUUUUCGUUAUUGCCUUAAUCAAUUCCCCGAUAGCAGCAUUCCUAUUUGUCCACGGUCGGCGCCUGAGAUAGAGGCGAAAACUGGUCACCACAGCUCUUCCGUCCCUAAAAUGAAAUGCAAAGAUCUAGAUCCUAACCCGGGAUUAGACAAAUGUUUUGAUCCUCGCUGCAGUGAAAGAAACAGUUCGCAAACAUGUGAAGGCGUCGUUGACUGCUAUUGGUGUAAGAACGACAAAGACGAUGUGCCAUUAAAAAAGCCUUACUGUGCUAGUUCAGAAGUGUGCUUUAGAGGAAGAGAAGCUGGAAAUAUAAAGUGUCCAAUGAGGGCCUCGAACACAACGCUUCAUCCACAUAGGGACGAAAGAACUAACGACAAAGUUAACGCAGUUCAGAAAGACAGCGGUCAUGGUACGUCGACUGGAGCUGUUGCAGGAAUUGCCUUUGGGUGUAUGGCUCUUCUGGCGGUUAUAGCGAUAACCACGUUCUUGGUAACAAAAUAUUGCCGCGACCCUCCAACAAACAACAGCGAAAGUACCUCCUUGCAAGACAUCAUUACUGCGGAGCCGACAGAUACCAGGACACGUCCUCCAGAGCCUCUUCCAGAGCUGGGACUCGACAAUGGCGGAUCUGAUGUGCAUUAUGAUGAACCUGUUUCGUUAGAGUCUCCACCUCAGGCUUCAAUAGCUCUGAUAGUUUCCGCUCAGGGGCCAUCGCCCUAUGACAAUGAGACGACAGUCCGGUCUGUCGAGAAACCACCGGACGUUCCUCCUCGCCGGAAGGAAUCUGUUGCAGCUGCAAGCGCCACUAGUCCAACAACGAGCAUUCAGGCAUCAUAUCUCGAGGAGAAGGGAGAGUGUAGUGGACCUCCAUUACCACCUGAGUAUCAGAACAGAAGGGCAUUCGAUUCUCCGCCACUGGAUAUUCCUGAAGAGAAAGGUAAAUCAGCACAAGUAAUUCCUGCACCACCCAGAAGACAUUCGGAAGACAAUACAAAUGCCACUUCUCCUCUGAAGAACAGGCUGGCCAAGACGCCUUCCUCGCCUCUUUCUGGACUUAGGAGUCCAUUCGAUACCAAUAUGCUGCAACCCGCUGCUGGUGAGUCACAACAGUGUGGCUCUUACAGGCCAGGUCGACUAAAUCGCGAGAGAAGUAAUUCUGUUUGCCUUGAUGUGCAUGGCUACGUAAAAUGCAUCCCCUAGAAUGCAGUAGUAGUAGUAGUAGUAGUAGUAGUAGUAGGAAGUUACACCAUCUCCUUUCGAUAAUAAUUUAUCACGUAUAAUCAUGCAUGAGGAGAUAUACUUCAUUACCAGCCUGCUUUCAUUAUAGUCUUUAGAGUUCAUGAGGAGUUUUACAAUACCUGAUGUUGAUUCUCGUUGAAUGUCAGGUAUUAUUAAUUUCACUAAUUUCUUUAAAGAAUGCCUGCCUCUGUAAAGAGUGGGUACUACAAUGAAACGAGAGAUGAGUUUCAUUUUCUACUUGAUUCAAUUUACAAAACAGGCGUAAGCUAUUUCCCAAGGGAGAUUAUCUGUCUGAUAUCUACCUACUUGAAUCAUUACUUCAGUAAUGAUUGAAGUAGUUCUUCACUUCAAUCAUUUUACCGCCGGUUAGCUCAGUGGUAGAGCACCGGACUAGCGUGCGUGAGGUCGCGGGUUCAACCCCCGGCCGGACCAACACUCAGGGUCUUUAAAUAAUUGAGGAGAAAGUGCUGCUUUGGUAAUGACAUCUGUAAAUGGUUAGACUUUCUAGUCUUCACGGAUAAGGACGAUAAACCGUAGGCCCCGUUUCACAACUCUUCAUAAAAGAACCCACACACUGAUCGAAAAGAGU